AUGGAAGAAUUACAAGAGAUUCCUGAGUAUGCGGAGUAUCUUAAUAAAAUGGGAUACCCUAAGAAAAAUGUCACACUGCCAAGAGUAUCAGCCCCUUCACCUAACUUUGCCACUUUUCCUUUUGAAAACCUUCCUUCGCUAUGUAAUGAAACCCCAAGGGAUAUAUAUGGACAUGUGUUUUGUUGGGGUCUGAUUUGCCUAUAUAUUAUGCUUAUAGCAAGUUUAAUCAUUUACCAACUUCGCUCAAUUUUUUGGUUAAAAACUUAUAAAAAUAAUGUACAACACCCAGAUAACAGCAAUAUUGAGGUCAAACCCACAAACCAACCACCUCUUCCAAGGAUGCUUCCCGUGUAACAAUUUACCCCAGCGCUUUGGUAGGGAAAGUUUUAGUUGUAAACUUGGACCCCCAAGGAUAUCAGGGUUCCCACUGGAUUUCAAUUUAUGUACAAACAAGUGGACAAGUAGUCUACUUUGAUAGUUUAAAUUUACCAACAAGCAUAUGCAUUAUUGAUUCAUUUUUAAAAAGUUU